AUAGGUGACAAAUAAACGAGACCAAAACAGGUUGAGGCCUCUCUCUCCACUUUCCCUCUCUCUCGUCAUUGCCUUCCUCCCCAUCAGGCAAUGACAGAGUAAGAGAUAAACAAAACAUAUCGAUAAAACCUAGCUAACGAAUUGUAACCCGGCAUAUACACUAUCUCCAUUUUAAUAAAAUUAUUUGGGCGAUUAAUUAGAUAUAAUAGGAGGUGUUUGAGGUUGAGCAGCAGAAGAGGAAGCGGAGGAGGUCUAUGGGGAGAUACCAUGACGGCAAAGACGUGGACACAUCGAGCUACCCGCUCAUCGCCGUGUGCAUCGACAAGGACAAGAACAGCCAGAACGCCCUCAAGUGGGCCAUCGACACCCUCGUCCAGAAGGGCCAGGUCAUCGUGCUCGUCCAUGUCAACACCAAAGGCACCUCAGGGGGAGUGGAGGACGCCUCCGGCUUCAAGCAGCCGACCGACCCGCACCUGAAAGAGCUCUUCCUCCCGUUCCGCUGCUUCUGCACGCGCAAGGACAUCCAGUGCAAGGACGUGCUGCUCGACGACCACGACGUGGCCAAGUCGAUCACCGAGUUCGCCGCCCUCGCCGCCGUCGAGAAGCUCGUCGUCGGCGCCACCGCGAGGGGUGGGUUCAGGUUCAAGGCCGACAUCCCGACGACCAUCUCCAAGGGCGCGCCGGACUUCUGCACGGUGUACGUCAUCAACAAGGGGAAGGUGGCGUCGGUGCGGAACUCCACCCGCCAGGCGCCGCGGGUGUCGCCGCUCCGGUCGCAGAUCCAGAGCAUGGCCGCGGCGGCCGCGAAGCCCGAGCAGGCGAUGGCGCCCACGCCGCAGAAGUGGUCGUCGUCGUCGAGGGCCCACGACCACGCGGAGACGCCGAGGGUGGAUAACUACAUCCGGUCGCCGUUCGCGCGCGGGCCGACGGGCGGCGCCACGCGCAAGUCGUACGCGGAUCUUAGCCACCUCUCCAUGCCGGACUCCGCGGACAUCUCGUUCGUCAGCACCGGCCGCCGGAGCAUCGACCACCACCCCAUCCCGGCGCGUCUGUCGGCCGCCUCGGCGGACAGCUACGACCACAGCUUCGAGAUGUCGCGCACGCCCAGCAAGUGGGGCGGCGACUCCUUUGGUGGCAACGACUAUUCCUCCUUCUCCCAGAGCAGCGCCUCCUCCUUUUGCUCCCUCGGAAUGGACGACGUGGAGACGGAGAUGAAGAGGCUUCGGCUGGAGCUGAAGCAGACGAUGGACAUGUACAGCACGGCGUGCAAGGAGGCGCUGAGCGCGAAGCAGAAGGCGAUGGAGCUGCAGCGGUGGAAGGCGGAGGAGGAGCAGAAGACGCAGGACGCGAGGCUGACGGAGGAGUCGGCGAUGGCGAUGAUCGAGCGGGAGAAGGCGAAGGCGAAGGCGGCCAUGGACGCGGCGGAGGCGUCGCAACGGAUCGCGGAGCUGGAGGUGCAGAAGCGGAUCAGCGCGGAGAAGAAGCUGCUCAAGGAGGCCGAGGACCGCAAGAACCGCGGCGGCGGUGGGAUGUCGCACGAGAUCCGGUACCGCCGGUACAGCAUCGAGGAGAUCGAGCACGCCACCGAGCGGUUCAACGACGCCCGCAAGAUCGGCGAGGGAGGGUACGGCCCGGUGUACAAGGGCCACCUCGACCACACGGCGGUCGCCAUCAAGGUGCUCCGCCCCGACGCGGCGCAGGGGAGGUCGCAGUUCCAGCAGGAGGUGGAGGUGCUCAGCUGCAUCCGCCACCCGAACAUGGUGCUCCUCCUCGGCGCCUGCCCGGAGUACGGCUGCCUCGUGUACGAGUACAUGGCGAACGGGAGCCUGGACGACUGCCUGUUCCGGCGCGGCGGCGGGCCGGUGAUCCCGUGGCAGCACCGGUUCCGCAUCGCGGCGGAGAUCGCCACCGGCCUCCUGUUCCUCCACCAGACCAAGCCGGAGCCGCUGGUGCACCGCGACCUCAAGCCCGGCAACAUCCUCCUCGACCGCAACUACGUCAGCAAGAUCAGCGACGUCGGGCUGGCGCGGCUGGUGCCGCCGAACGUCGCCGACAACGUGACGCAGUACCGGAUGACGUCGACGGCGGGGACCUUCUGCUACAUCGACCCGGAGUACCAGCAGACGGGGAUGCUCGGCGUCAAGUCGGACAUCUACUCCCUCGGCGUGAUGCUGCUCCAGAUCAUCACGGCCAAGCCGCCCAUGGGGCUCACUCACCACGUCGGCCGCGCCAUGGAGCGCGGCGCGCUCGGCGACAUGCUCGACCCGGCCGUCCACGACUGGCCCGUCGAGGAGGCGCAGUGCCUCGCUGAGAUGGCCCUCCGCUGCUGCGAGCUCCGGCGCAAGGACCGCCCCGACCUCGGCACCGCCGUGCUCCCGGAGCUCAACCGUCUCCGCAUGCUCGGCGAGGACAACAUGCAGUUCUGCGGCGGCGCCAUCAGGGGCGGCGGCGGCGGCGGAAUGUUCAGUUCGUCCCUCCUCAGCGCUGCCUCGCGCUCACAAGCAGAUCUUAUGAGCGAUUCGCAAUACCCAAGAUCGGUGUUCAGCUCAAGGGCGAGUGAAUCACCGAUGCCACCGAGAAGAUCAAACGUUUGACACCUUGAAACUGCCCAAAAUUCUUGUAGCAUUUGUUCAGAGAUAUACAGUAUGUGCCAAGAUGGCAUUGUUGCCUAGCAUGAGGUGAGGGGAGCUGGAGCAGGUUGGGUGGCAAAAGGUUCCUUGCAUAAGUUGGAACUAACACUGCUGUUGCACCUGUGGAUGUAAUUUGUGACUUUGUUAAAUUGCAAUUGAAUUCCCUGUAGUUUUGACACGACAUUCUGUGGAAUGUGGAGUGGAAGGAAUUCAUUGACUUUAGCUGAUUUGCUCUUUAAUUAUAUUUCGGUUUUCAUUCGAGUUUGCACUCGAAAUCUUAUCUUAC